AACAGAACGGAAGGACAUCUUGUGGUUGGAGUACGUUGCUACUCGCAGCAAAACCCACCCAAGAUACGUGAAUAUUUUUUACAGAAAUCUAAUUUUUGCUAUAACCUCAAAGAAGAAUGAAUAGAUUUGAAUAUGCUGAUCCACGGCUUUCUCCGAAUGAAAUUUAUAUAAGACGUGAUACUGGUGUACGCUUAUAUGAUGGCGAUGUCAAGACAACUUUUGAAGGCGGUGAAUUAGUUCUUACAAGCCAUAGAUUUAUAUGGGGGAAACCUGGGGAUAUAUCACGUGGACAUACCUGUCUCACAUUAUUUCUUCGUUAUGUAGUCUAUUUUGUAGAAGAAGUUCCUGGUCCGUUCUCCUUUGGACGUAGCAAGAAAGUUGUCUUACAGCUUUCUGAAGCUCCAAUUGAUAAAAUGCCUGGUCCGUUGGAUAGUAGCAUAUACAACUAUGUUAAAUUAUCCUUCAAAGAAGGGUUAGAUCCAAAUUUUCUUACUCAGUUGUCUGAUGCGAUAUUGAAAAUGGCAUGGGAAAUAACACCUGCUGUACCUUUAAAUCAAUCUAAUACUAAUGUGAGAAAUAGCGGAGACAAUGUUAAACCGCUACCACAAAUUAAAACAAGAACUGGUAUCAUAGGUAUCGAAAGGAGUCUUCAAGAACAACAAAAAGCAACAGAUGAAAGUAUAUUACUGGCAUUUCAAGAUCUAAAGAAGCUUAUGCAAAUGGCUAAAGACAUGGUUGCCAUUUCAAAAACAAUUUCAGCAAAAAUACGGGAGAGGCAAGGAGAUAUCACCGAGGAUGAAACAGUCAGAUUUAAAUCUUACUUAAUGAGUCUUGGUAUUGAUGACCCUGUUACCAGAGAUGCAUAUAAGAGUAGCAAUGAAUAUUUCAAACAAUUGGCAAAACAACUUGCAGAUAUUUUAGAAGAACCGAUUAAAGAAGUUGGAGGAAUGAUGACAUUAACAGAUGUUUAUUGUCGAGUAAAUAGAGCUAGAGGCUUGGAACUUUUGUCGCCAGAAGAUUUAUUAAAUGCCAGUAGACAAUUAGCUCCUUUAGAUCUACCCAUAGUAUUAAGAGUAUUCGACAGUGGAGUUAUGGUUCUUCAGAUUCGAUCUCACAAUGAUAAUGCCAUAGCUGAUGUUAUAGCUGAUUUGAUAAAAGAAAGAGGCUCUCUAACAGCAGAAGAAUUAGCACAGUCAGAAGGUAUAUCGGUCCUUUUAGCACGUGAAAGGUUACAAGUUACAGAAAAGAAAGGAAAAGCCUGUAGGGAUGAUACGAUUGAAGCUUUAAGAUUUUAUCCUAAUUUAUUUUUAGAAGAAGAUAAUUAACUGCCGGUUCUUUACUGCCAUACAAAUAUAAAUAUAUGUUGAGUUUUAAACAAGCAUAUUUUUUUCAUGAUAAAAAUCAUCAUUAAGAUUGUAUAUAUUUUAUGUGCCUUUACACGUUACAUAAAAUACAAUGUAUCGUCCAAAAACUCAAAAUAUAUUUGUUACCUUAUUUUGCAGUUCAUUUUUCUUUAAAUCAUGGUUAACUUUUUAUAACAACAAAGAAUAGUUGUACAUUGGACAUGUACAAAUAAAUUUUGUCAAGCGUUGAAUUAGAAUUGUUAAGAUGCACUUAUUAAAUAUUGUACGCAAAUAAAUUCAUGGGAAUAACUAUAAUAAAAUCUA